AUGGCUCCCAAAGACGCCAUUGAUAUCCCCUCCUUCGCAGCUUCUCAGCUAGCCCUGCUGGACGCCGAACUGCAAUCGGAGCUAACAGAAACCUCAUCCCUCAUCUCCAACACGUCACCCACGUCCCUCCAGCGUGCCGGAAUCGCCAUAACAAACCUCACACUCACAUCACAGCGAACAGGUCUUGGUGGCAAGACCGUCAUCGAGCUUGGACCGGACUCCGCUACUGCAAACAGCGAGGGCGAGUUACCUGAACAUGGCAUCCGCACGGGUGAUAUUGUGAUUGUGAGUGAGCAGCCGGCGGGCAGCGCUAAGAAGAGGGAGGUGAGGGAAUUGGAGGCGAAGGGGAGUAGAGGUGUUGUUACGAGGGUAGGCAGGAGUGCCGUGUGGGUUGCGUUGGAUCGGGAAGAUGAUGAUAAUGUAGCGGGGAUGAGACGGCUGUGGAUUGUAAAGUUGGCUAAUGACGUUACUUAUAAAAGAAUGAAUCAGAUUAUGAAUAGACUGCAGAAGAUGAGAACCGAGGAGUAUUCGAGCUUUAUUCGGGUUUUGUUCGGGCUUACGAGUCCUUCUCCUGUGUCUGAUGAGGAUUUUAAAGAUCCGGGAGAUAUAGGCUGGGUUGAUCCGAGUCUUAAUGAUUCACAGAAGGGUGCUAUCAGGUUUGCCUUGGCUUCACGGGAGGUGGCUCUGAUCCAUGGACCACCCGGUACUGGUAAGACUCAUACGUUAAUUGAGCUCAUCCUCCAGAUGUUAAAGCGGAAUCUACGAGUCUUGGUAUGUGCGGCGUCCAACCUCGCAGUCGAUAACAUCGUAGAGCGGCUCUCUCCUCACAAAAUCCCUAUUGUGCGUCUCGGGCAUCCAGCACGUCUCCUGCCUUCAAUCCUCAAUCACUCCCUAGACGUCCUUACGCAGACAUCAGAUGCAGCCGCUAUUGUCAAAGACGUGAGGAAGGAAAUGGAUAGCAAGCAAGCGUCUAUCCGCAAAACCAAGAGUGGCCGAGAACGGAAAGCUAUUUAUGGUGAUCUCAAGGAGCUUCGGAAGGAGUUUAGGGAGCGGGAGAGGAAAUGCAUUGGUAAUUUGGUGGGGAGCAGUAAGGUGGUACUUGCUACUCUACACGGCUCUGGGGGUUUCCAGACGAAAGAUGAAGUCUUCGAUGUCGUUAUCAUUGAUGAGGCAAGUCAGGCUUUAGAGGCUCAGUGCUGGAUUCCGCUGCUGAGGGCGAGUAAGGUUGUCCUUGCGGGUGACCAUUUGCAAUUACCUCCUACGAUCAAGUCACUCAAUUCGAAAGCGGCGCCGAAAGUGAAGGAUGUUGAAGGCGUUGUUAAGGGCAUGACUUUGGAGAAGACCCUGUUUGAUAGACUUCUUAAUCUUCAUGGUCCGGGAAUUAAGCGAAUGCUAACCACUCAAUACCGCAUGCACGAAAAAAUUAUGAGAUUCCCCUCCGACGAACUCUACGAAUCCAAGCUCGUAGCAGCGGACGGCGUUAAGGCAAGACUACUCAAAGACCUUCCUUACGCAGUGGAGGACACCGAAGACACAACUGAACCCCUGAUAUUCUACGACACGCAAGGCGGGGAUUUCCCUGAGAAGAACGAGGAGGAGGAUGCGGAGAAGAAGGCGAAGAGGGGAAUGAUCGCCGAGAGUAAGAGCAAUGAGAUGGAGGCUGCGCUGGUGAGUUAUCAUGUGAGAAAGUUGGUCGAUGCUGGGGUGAGGCCCGAGGAUAUUGCGGUUAUUACGCCGUAUAAUGCUCAGCUAGGAUUGAUAUCGCGAGCGAUGAAGGAAACUUUUCCAGGUGUUGAAUUGGGAAGUAUCGAUGGGUUUCAGGGCCGCCGUGAUCGUGAGCCUCGUAAGAAGCAAUUCCGACCGCGAGAUCGGGUUUCUAGGGGAGAAACGCCGGCUGAAUGUUGCCAUAACCAGGAGUCGGCGUUCUUUGACCCUCAUCGGGGACUCUGA